AUGGCAGGCAGCGAGAAAGACGGAGACGCGGGCGAGCGGAUGCCGUUGCCGGUGCUUCAUGUAGAACUACCUCCAGAGUCGGGCCAGCCGCUGCUGCCGGGGCCGGUGGCACGGUCGAUCACGCUGGGGACGGAAACGAUCCGGGGAGCAAUUUGGACGGCUCGAACGGUUGGCCGGGUGCCUUUCUAUGCGGCACGAUUCACGACGACAGCGAGCAUCGAGCUGGGACGACAGGCGUUUGACGCGGUGCUGCGAGGAGCAGGGGCGGGGAGAGCGGAAGGGACAGGCACAGACACAGGCACAGGAUCACCAGACGGGGUGGCGACAGCGGCAGCAGCAACGUUUGACGCGGCCCAUCGGGGCUUUCACUACCUGCAGCUCUUCACGUCAGCCGGGUUUGCGCUGGCGGGCGGCAGCGCGGCGACGCUGCUGGACCUGUCGGAGGUGAUGCUGGUGCUGGUGGACGGGACGCUGGGGUCGACGGAGUCGUCGCGUGCGCUGCGCAGCAUCUUGGAGUUUCUGUCGCGCGAGUUCCAGAACCCGGCGACAGGGCGACCGGGUGAGAAGGUGGGGAUGCGCGACCUGCUGUGGGGUGCGUGUGCGCUGGUGUACCUGCAGGCAGCCUGCCGGCGAGUGGACGAGGAGGAGCGGGCGCGGCGGGGCGUCGAGGUGGUGGUGUGGGACGUGGUCGUGCUUGACGGCCGACGGGUGGACGUGCACGAGAGCAGCCUGUAUGGCAGUCACCAGGGGGCAUACCGGCGGUGGGAGGGGGAAGCAGACACGGUGCCUGUCAAGGUAGACGACCCUGAGACGGUCAUCCGGCGACAGAUUGCAGCAGCCGUGGCGGCCGAUGCGGAGGUGGUGGUGACGACCAGCACGUCCAAGAUCAUCACGGUCGAUAUCACGGGCAGCCAGCCGCUGUCGCCGAUGGCAUUGCCUCCGGGUGUAGAGCUCGUGGAGCUGAGCCCGUUGCAGCCAGUUUCGGCCGGGAUAGCCGAGACGACCGGGCUGGCCAGCACAGCCUUCCGAGUCGUGUAUCGAGUCAACACAAACGACACGCAGACAACGGCAAUCCGGCCAGGGCUAGAGGGCGUGGAGAAAGCAGACAAUGCCGGUGGCGAGGGUGAUGGCCGGGUCGAGCAGGCAGACGACGACGAAACGGAGAUUGGCGAUAUGGUCACGCCCAUCGUCACCGUCCAUGUGCCCACACCACAGCGGUCAGCGUCGCCGGAGCCACCACCGGUGCCGCCAAAGCCAGCAGCAGCAGUCCGGCCGGCAGUCAAGUCGCCGCUGCGGCCAGACACGCCCAUAGACAGGUCAACGGGCAACAAGAGCAGCAGCAGCAGCAGCAGUGGGUUCCGAUCUGUGCUGAAGAAGCCGGCGAUUGCGAAUUUGCUGCACAAGGAGGCGCCUCUGGAAAGCACUGGUAGUCACAGCGUCCUGGGCCAUUUCGGGAGCCCAGGCAGUUUUGGAAGUCCAGGCAACCACAACAAUCAGGGCAACAGCCCUGCAUUUCGAAACAGCAGCGGGCGGAUCCUGACGGUGGUGCAGCAGGCAGGGCCGAAGAGGCCAAGCCGAGGCGAGUCGAAGCCGACACCGCUGACGGCACGGGCGCUCAACCGACACGAGCAGCCGGGGGGCGAUGCUUUGGGCGAGAGCAGCGGACGCGGCAGUCCGUCGUUUACGUACGCGGCCUACCACCACCAGCACCACCGGAAACAGCGCAGCCUGGUGGCAGACGACGUGGAGUCGCUGGCGUCUUCGCUGGCCGAAAGCGUGCCGAUGCACACGCGCACCGGACGGGUGGCCGGCAUGUUUCCGGCAGCACCGCUGCUACACAGCCUGCGGCACUACAUGCGCUUCUCAUCGGCCGCAUACGGCCAGGACUUUCUGCGGGUGUUGGGAAUGGGCUACCCGACAGCGACAGCAGCUGCGGCAGCGGCCACGACAACAGCCACAGCGACGGCAGCAUCGACACCACAGCACCGCGACGUGGCGGCCUAUGCGCACCACACGGGCUUACGACCCGAGGACAUCGUCCUGGCCUCCUUCAUUGACGGGACAGGCGGAACAGCGAGGGCCAAGACACAGAAGCGACAGCCACAGCUACCACCGCUGGUACACUACGUGGCGCUGGACCAUGGACAACAUGCAGUAGUGCUGGCCUGUCGCGGCACGCUCGGGUUCGAGGACGUGCUGGCCGACAUGGCGUUUGCAUACGACGAUCUCGUCUGGCGCGGCCGCACAUAUCAGGUGCAUCAAGGCGUGCACGCGGCUGCGCGACGGCUGCUCUACGGCGGUGACGGUCGCGUGUUGGCGACGCUGCGAGCGGCCCUGCUGCGAUACCCCGACUAUGGCCUGGUGCUGUGCGGCCACUCGCUCGGAGGGGCUGUGACGGCACUGUUGGGCGUGAUGCUGUCAGAGGGGGGAGACGAGGGGGUGCAGUUUGUCACAGCGAGCUCGCCGAAAUUGUUGGGGACGACCACAACGACCAGCUCCACGCCAUCACUGCCUCCGGGCCGGCCGGUUCACGUGUUCGCCUACGGAGCCCCCGGCACCAUGUCUGAGGGUCUGCGACGGGCAACACGAGGACUGAUCACGAGCGUGGUCCAGGGCGACGAUGUGGUGCCGUACCUGUCGCUGGGUGUGCUGCACGACCUGCAGGCGGUGGCGCUGGCCUUUAAGACAGACGACAGCCGUGCGUCGGCCGAGCUGUGGAGCCGGCUGUGGGAGGGGUUGCGGCGAAGUCUGGGGGUAGGAGGAGGAGCUGCCGGUGGAGCAGAAGGGACAGCUCCCCCCAAUCUUCCGGACGACUGGGCACACGCGGCCCUCAAGACGCUGCGGGCCAGCAUGCUGAGCGCGAAGCUGGUGCCACCCGGCGAGGUGUUGCUGGUCUCGUCGCAGCAAGUGCUGCAGCGGAGUGGUGGUGGUGGUGGCGGCAUGGAUCCGCUGACAGUGUCGCCGGCACGGAGAUUGAUGCUGCGACACGUGCGCGACGUCGAGGCACGUUUCCACGAGGUGCGCUUCGGCCUGGCAGCCCUGGUCGACCAUAGUCCGGGGCGGUACGAGGCCGCUAUGACGUCAGCUUCCCCGCCUGUGCUGAUUGGAGGGAAAAUCACCGACCCCAGGAACGGCGCCGAGUUGCGGCCCGGCUUCGGUGGGUACUGGGCCGAGUUAGCCUGCUGCAAGAGUGACAUGUUCUCGCAUCCUUUCAUCAGCACUUUGCCCUGGACUUUGUUCCUGCACAUCACACAGCACCUUCACUCCACGCCAGCAAGGUCAAGCACGAUGGCCUCUGAAUCGGUAACGGCCUCAGUCCUGACGCAAGUCCACACUCUCAGCCAGAUCCAGCGCCCGCUGCCUGCUCCGGGCCCGGGGGAGAUCCAGGUGCGCAUCAAGGCCGUCGGCCUCUGCGGCUCCGACCUGCACUACUAUCAUCAGCUGCGCAAUGGCGACGCUGUCGUGCGCGAGCCCAUGACCUUGGGCCAUGAAGCUGCCGGCAUCGUCGAGGUUGUCGGACCUGUCGCGGCUGGCGCUGCUGUCGAUUCUGACCACGUUUUCCACGUCGGCGACCGCGUCGGCGUCUCGAGCUAG